AUUGACACCCAACGCAUCUCCAUCCGUCAAACUCACUUGUUACUAGUCUUAAUUGCUAAAUUACGAUCGAAUCGGAACAAUGGUGACCGUCGAAGAAGUUUGCAGGGCUCAACGGGCCGAGGGUCCAGCCACGAUCAUGGCCAUCGGCACUGCAACUCCCCCCAACUGCGUCGACCAGAGCACGUACCCCGACUAUUACUUCCGCAUCACCAAUAGCGAGCACAAGACCGAGCUCAAAGAGAAAUUCAAGCGCAUGUGUGAGAAGUCAAUGAUCAAGAAGCGGUACAUGUACUUAACAGAGGAGUUACUGAAGGAGAACCCCAACGUAUGUGCCUAUAUGGCUCCUUCUUUGGAUGCUAGGCAAGACAUCGUGGUGGUCGAAGUGCCGAAGCUAGGCAAGGAAGCGGCCCAGAAGGCCAUCAAGGAGUGGGGCCAGCCAAAAUCAAAGAUCACCCACUUGGUCUUCUGCACCACCAGCGGUGUGGACAUGCCCGGUGCCGACUACCAGCUCACUAAGCUUCUCGGAUUGCGCCCCUCUGUGAAGCGUUUCAUGAUGUACCAGCAAGGGUGCUUUGCUGGUGGCACGGUCCUUCGGAUGGCCAAGGACUUGGCCGAGAACAACAAGGGUGCCAGAGUCCUGGUCGUGUGCUCCGAGAUCACCGCUGUCACUUUCCGUGGCCCGAGUGACACCCACCUAGACAGUCUUGUGGGCCAGGCCCUGUUUGGAGAUGGAUCCGCAGCAGUCAUCGUGGGAUCCGACCCGAUUCCCGGUGUGGAGAAGCCGUUGUACCAGCUGGUCUCGGUGGCCCAGACUAUCCUCCCGGACAGUGACGGGGCCAUCGAUGGACAUCUCCGUGAGCUAGGCUUGACCUUCCACCUCCUAAAAGAUGUCCCUGGGUUGAUCUCGAAGAACAUUGAGAAGAGCCUGGUGGAGGCGUUCCAGCCCUUGGGUAUCUCGGACUGGAACUCAAUCUUCUGGAUCGCACACCCGGGCGGCAAGGCCAUCCUGGACCAAGUUGAGGUUAAGCUGGGACUUAAGCCUGAGAAGCUCCGAGCCACCAGGCACGUGCUAAGUGAAUAUGGGAACAUGUCCAGCGCUUGCGUCCUCUUCAUCCUGGAUGAGAUGAGAAAGAAGUGCGUCGAGGAUGGACUCCGGACCACGGGAGAGGGGCUCGACUGGGGAGUGCUGUUCGGAUUCGGGCCAGGGCUCACCGUCGAGACAGUCGUUCUCCAUAGCGUUGGUCUGGCCCACUAAAGCGACCCAUUUACAUAUUAAGCAAUAAAUUGAUUUGGUUAUUUUGGGUUUCAUAUUUAUCCAUAAAUAUCUUAAGUGUUUGGCGGGAGUGAACGGGGAUUGUAGACAAAAGGUGGAGGCAUUUUGUGGUCUUAUGGUAAUUAAUUUUGUAAAAUGCAUCCACAAGUACAAUAACGAUGUAAUUCAUUUGCAGGAAACUAAGGCCCUGUUUGGUUUUAGGGUGUUA